GCGGUUGUGCAUACUCGAUGAAUUUUUGGAAACUUGGGGAGGCAGCUCAUUAAAAUUUUAGUCAUUAGGCUGCAGAUAAACACUCGGAAUUGUUGUUUUGCUUAGACGGAUUUUAGCCAAUAAUGAAGUGCCUGGUUAUAUUUGGACUGAUUGUGGCCAUAUUUGCUGGCAUUGUGGGCUACGGUUAUCUGUUGUUCACAGACUUGACACGUCCGCUGCCCAGGCCAGAGUACAAAGACGAUACAUAUUGGGGACCCGGCGAUGGCAAGAACUAUGUGCCCGAUACGAAAAUCUAUGAUUUCAAAUUGGAUGUGCCCAAGGCGGAAAUUGAGGAUUUGCGACAGCAACUGAAUCGCACACUGCGGCUAACCGAGCCCCUCGAUGGCAUCGCCUUUGAGUAUGGCUUCAACACGUACGCAUUGGAGCAGUUUGUGGAAUACUGGCGUGACAAGUAUCUAACCAAGUGGGAUGAGCGCCAGGCGUAUUUGAACUCGCUGAAGCAGUACACCACCGAGAUACAGGGCUUAAAGAUUCACUACAUACACGAGCGCGUUGCCGAGGAGGUGGCGGAAAAGAAGCAUGUCUAUCCGCUGUUGCUGCUCCACGGCUGGCCGGGUUCGGUGCGUGAAUUUUACGAUUUUAUACCAAUGCUGAACAAGGAUCAAAACAUUUCCGACUAUGCCUUUGAAGUGGUUGCACCCUCGCUCGUUGGCUUCGGCUGGUCGGAUGCUGCCACACGCGUGGGCUUCAAUGCCGCUGAAAUGGCCACCGUGAUGCGUAAUCUGAUGUUGAGACUGGGCCACAAGAAGUUCUUCAUUCAGGGCGGCGAUUGGGGCAGCAUUAUUGGCAGCAACCUGGCCACACUGUAUCCGGAUAAUGUGCUGGGCUAUCAUUCAAAUAUGUGCAUACUGAGCACACCGCUCUCCUUCCUCAAGAGCGUCUAUAUUAAUUACUAUCCCGAGAAGGUGCUGAAGUCGCGCAUGUUUUACGAUCACCAUGUGGGCAUAUGGGAGAAGUAUCAGAUGCUGCUGGUGGAGAGCGGCUAUUAUCAUUUGCAGGCCACAAAGCCGGACACCAUUGGCGCCGCACUCACCUCCAGUCCCGUUGCGCUGGCCGCCUACAUUCUCGAAAAGUUCCAGACCUGCAGUGGGCCCAGCCUGCAGCAGGACUUUGGCGCCAUUGUUACCGUCUUUGGCCUGGAGGCGGUGCUCGACAAUUUGAUGAUCUAUUAUCUGAACAAUGCGGCUACAACAGCCGCACGUUUCUAUGCCGAGAACGUGUCCAAGCCAUAUCGUGACCUGCAGCUGGAUCGCGUGCAGACCUCCGUGCCCAUGGGCUGUGCUCGGUUUAGGUUUGAUUUGCCCGCAGCUUCGGAAUGGCAGCUGCAGGACAAGUUUACCAACAUAAAACACAGCAUGUAUUUCCAGCACGGCGGCCAUUUCGCUGCCCUGGAAAUGCCAUCCAUGUUGUACAAUGAUUUUACGGCAUUUGCAAAAAAAGUUGGACUGCACGGUGAAAGUUAAGAAGAAUGUUGUAGCUCUCAUAGAGCACAGAAUGUAUUGAUAAUA